AUGACGAAAUCGACGAGCAUUGGUCUUCGUGCCGGGUUUCUUUGGGACAUUGGCAUUGCACUUAUGCACUUGGGCUCGGCCACAAAUUACAGCAAUAAGUUUUUGAUUUUUUCCUUAUUCAAGUGGUUUAAUUGGACGUUUUCUGACCGAAAACCGAAUAUCGUCUGACUGUGUUUUUUAUUUUAAAUUUGUUUUAUUAUUGCAUUAAAAAUUGAUAAAACAUGACGCGUUCGACGUCGGUUUCUUAGUCCGAGUUUUGGAUUUUGUGGUUGUAUUUUUAUAUUUCUUUUUUUUUUUUGGAAACGCGACCACCCCAAAAAACGAUUGGCCUGAACUCAAGUGCUCAGCGACGCAGACAUGGCCAGCACUUCCAGUCCCAUAGCGGAUUUUUUCCGCGGCCGUCACGUACUCAUCACCGGCGCCACAGGGUUUAUGGGCAAAGUGCUCGUGGAAAAACUACUGCGGUCUUGCCCGAACGUCGCUUGUAUAUACUUGCUCAUCAGGCCCAAGCAAGGCCACGACGUCCGGUCCAGGCUGGACCAGCUGCUCAACGCGGUGAUAUUCGACUGGAUCAAGAAAAAUCAACCUGAUUCGCUGAAGAAACUGGUGCCAAUCAACGGAGACGUGACGCAGAGCGAGUUGGGCAUCAGCACAUUAGACCAGAAAACGUUAACCGACAACGUGUCUAUAGUCUUUCAUUCUGCAGCCACCGUCAAGUUCGACGAGGCGCUCAAGUUGUCGGUGGCCAUGAACUUGUUGGGCACUAAGAGGCUGGUGCAGUUGUGCUUCAAAAUGACCAAACUAGAGGCAUUCGUGCACGUCUCCACGGCCUAUUGCAAUUGCAACCGUCAAGACGUCGAAGAACACUGUUAUCCGAUACCUGCAGACCCGGAAAAGAUCAUUCAAUGUGUCGACUGCUUGGACGAAAAUCUAUUGGAAUCGAUAACGCCACAAAUCAUUCAAGGAUGGCCGAACACGUAUACAUUCACCAAAGCAUUGGCGGAAAAAAUGCUUUUACAACAAGGCGACGGUUUGCCUAUAGUGAUUGUCAGGCCUUCGAUAGUAACCGCAUCCUGGAAAGAACCAAUCGCGGGCUGGGUGGACAAUCUCAACGGGCCGACGGGUCUGCUGGCAGGAGCCGGAAAAGGUGUGUUGAGGACGUUGCUGUGUCAUAAGAACUUGGUCGCCGAUCUUGUGCCUGUAGAUAUAUGUAUCAAUCUACUUAUAUCCGCCGCCUGGUACACGGCCAUAAACAGGCCUAUGAGCGUGAAGAUCUACCACUGCACUUCGGGCACGACCAAUCCUAUUUAUUGGAGAGACAUCGAGAGGCUGGGACACGAGUUCAUCUUACGGCAUCCUUUCAGCGACAUCUUAUGGUACCCUGGCGGCAGUUUCAAAAGCAGCAGAUUGGUCAAUUCGGUUUGUGUGACCGUUUUCCAAAUGUUACCGGCUUACGCUAUCGACACUUUGGCCAGACUGUCAGGAAAACCAGUCAGGUUAGUUCGAAUCCAUCAACGUUUACAGAAGGCCGUCUCUUGUUUGGAGUUCUUUACGACACACGAGUGGAACUUCAAAAAUUCAAAUGUACAACGACUGUUCGCCGAGCUCGACCCCAACGACCGGAAGACGUUUUACUUUGACGUGUCCAAACUAGAAUGGCGGAACUAUGUCGAAACGUACUUACUAGGGACCAGACGGUUUGUGCUCAAAGACGACCCGAGUACCGUGCCCAACGCCAGGAUCCAGCUGAAAAGAAUGUACUACUUGCACCGCAUCACCCAGGUGGCGUUCGCUGUGCUAACUGUCAGGUAUAUAUUGUUGGGCAACAGCUCGACUAAACGAUUUUGGUUCUCGGCUCUGUAUUUCCUAAUCAAUUUUAUCGCGAACGUAUCUUCCAAGCUGAAGUUCACGUGAGCGACAAUAUAGACCAUUAGAGUAGGUAAUGAUUUUAGAAGAAAAAAAACACAGUAAAUGUAAUAGUAACAUCUGUCACGAUGCAACGUCCACAAAGUGCCUACAUAAUAUGUUAUAUACACCCUAUAAAAGUACUCGGCCAAGUCCGACGACAAUGUGUACACCAAAACAAUCAACGAUACUGUAGUAGUUAUAAGGUAUAGGUACUUAAUAACUUAGUGAGUAAUUAUUAGUAUUAUUAUUACCGUAAUUUUUAAGUAGGUGCCUAUCAAAGUCUGUACUUCCACGACCACAUGAUAUUUAUUGUUAUACCGACGGGUAAAAUAUUAGAGCUGGUGCGGAAAAACGGAUAAAACAUAAUAAUGUUAUGACAUAAUCACCAAAAUUAAUCCUCCGUUGUUAUUUUAUUUUAUAUAAAAUUAUUGGAUGGAAAAACCAAACUAAUUAUAUAUAUAUAUAUAUAUAGCUUUAAAUGUGAGUUGUUUAAUAUGUAUCUAUUAUCUAUUACUUUACUCGUUAUGCCAAGUCAAAUCUAUCGCAAUUGUUGGCACUUUAUAUAUUUUUAAAUAAAUAGUUAUUUUAUAAUAAAUAAUAAAUAGGUUGGUGUUUAUACAAUUUAUAAUAGUAACUUAGUAAACGGUUAUGACGCUAUGACUAUAUUAUUAUGUAUUACUAAUAUGUGAUAUCGAUUUUUUUAUUUCGAGAAGACAUCCGUAUAGAAUUAGGUAAGUUAGGUUAAGUUUAAGUACAACAACUCGAUAGGAAACCGUACUUAUACAUGUAUUUUAAAGUGGACGCCAUAUUAUUAUGCAUGGUGACCAAUGUUUAUGUUCGACCUUAUCAAUUAUCAAUACUGGAGUACAGUUGAUUACAGAUUGGAUUUUGCCGAUAAUUAAUAUUCGCUUACCUGGUUCAAUUGUUCAAACAUGGUUACGGUAACAUUUUGUUAUUACAAUUUACAGCAUUCCCUAUCGUAAUGGGCUGUUUAUUUGUUUGUUUAUGGUGAAUGCAUAAAAAAGAAAAAAAUACAACCGUUAAGGCGGAUAUUAUCCGGUUGUUGUAUAUAGGUAACUAUUAUUAAAUAAUAUUAAUUUAACAGCUUGUCGAAAAUCGAAUCGGUGGCGCACACUACAGCAAAGGUAAUAAAAUAUAAAAGUGGUGUAUUUCACUGAAACUUACACUUAAAAAAAAAAAAAUUAAAAAACUACAUAUCUGGUGUUUAGUAGUGUUAUUGUGUCGAACUUGAUUUUAUUUAGCAAUUUCAGGGCAGGUAAGUUAUUUUUUCCACCAUUAUUUUAUACAGAAAACGAAGACAAAUUAUUUAAAAAUAAAAACCAUUAUAUUUCAAUAGUUUUAUUUUCAAAAUAUUUUUGUGUGAUUCGGUCACAAAAAAUUGAUUAAAAAACGGUUUAUGCACAUUUAUAUGACCUUGCAACAAGGUUGACAAACAAAGACCUCCCCAAAAAUAGUCAAAAGUAACUUUUCGUAUAAGCUCGGUAAUUAUUUGGUAUUUAUCCAAAACGAUGAGAUUUAAAGGCUUUUUGUAUAUGUAUAUGUAAAAAACUUGAUUAAAAAAAGUCAACAAUAGUGUAUGCCACCGAAAUGGAACGUCGUCAAUCCAAAUACGAGUUACCAUUAUUACUAUUAUUGACCUAUUCAAUAUCAAUAAUUAUACAUAUAAAUACAUAUUGUAUACAAUUCAUUAGAACCCCUAAAGCAAUGUAACGUAUUGAUAAAUAUAAAUUAUAUAUUUUAGUUUUAAGCGUCGUAACAAACGAAAAUAGACUGUCCAAAUAUUUUGUUGUUGUUGAGAUAGAUAGUUUUUUCCCUUUUUGGAAUCAUAUUAUAUACAUUUUACAUAAUAUACGUAGUAUACUGUAAAGUUUAGUUAAAUAUUAUUAUUAUUAUUGUAAUUAUGACUAUAAUAUUGCCAGUGUUAAAUAUUAUAUAUAU